UCUCAUGGCUGCAUUUUUGUAAAAAUCAGGAUUCAGUUUACAGGGGCGACUGCACAAUAUGUCUGAUCCGUGCUCCUCCAACUCAUCAGCCCAGCAGUGCUCUGAGCAACCAUCGACGAGUAAGAUAGCUGAGUCUAUCGGGAGCUCAACGCUAGAGCCGUGCACUCAAGUUGACAUGGAAGGCGAGGAAGACAUCGUCGAUCUCUGCAGACAGUUAGACACACAGUUGGAAGAGAAGGCAAAAAUGCAUAAUUUGAACGCAUUGAAUGUGAAAUCCAUACUUCAUAGGUUAAUACGGGAUCCGCAUGUGCUGUCGACACUCAUGGGAAUCAAGGGUGAUACCGACGACAUUCCUACAGUGAAGGUAACGCGAUCCAAAGUGAAGCACUCAGAAACAGCAAAGGUUGAGUUGAAGCCCGUCCAACCACCACUUACAUUUCUCGACGUGCAGUUUGAGAAUGAAGAUGAGGAUGAAGAUUACCGUCCUGAGGAGGUUCAGAGUGAUGAAAGUGAAGAUGAAGAGGAGACAAAUGAUACCUCAACGCGCGACGCUGAGCAAGUCGUACAUAGCCAUAGCCAGAUGCUAGAAGGAGAUGUUGAAGAGACAAGCGAAGUAGUUGGCGAAACUCUGAUGAUCUCUAAUGAUGUCAAUAAUGAUAAUGAAUUAUCGCCGUACCAACUUCGCUCUCGUGUACCCCAUAUCGAAGAAAAUUGUGACUUUGAGUCGCUGGACAGUGGCUUCAUGCAUGAAAGUUUUGAGACGUUCACCGACUACCACGGACAAGAGAUGCUCACGUUUGUGGAGAAUCCCGAUUAUUUGAGUUUCCUCCAAGGAAUCCAGUCUUCAACGCCUGCUCAUGAAGUCGAAAGUGUAGCCGUGGAUGAAGAUGACCCUGAUGACGAAGAAUAUAAUGUAUUGAUGGAAUUGGACAGACUCAAGGAGUUUGAGAAAGAUAAAGAUGAGCUCAGGAUGGACAAGUUUACGGAAAUCCCAAUGCGUGAAGUCGAAGGACUGUUUUUGGAUCUUAUUGGUGAUGAUGUGGAAACCAUCCGUCCAGAGUUGAUCUCUCUCAAAACACAGACACCCAAAAAGAAGCGCACAAAAAAGCGCAGAUCUGAUGGUGAACAUAAGAAUUCCGCGGAACAAGCAAAUGUACCGCUCCCCGUAGAUGAGCCUCCACCGGAUGGCUCUUAUUCUUGCAGUCUCAUAAGCGGAGAACCGGUAACUUUCAAACCUGAAGAACUAGCACAGCUUCGAAUACAGUUAGAACAGCAUGUGCAGCUUCUCACCCAAUCAGUGGUUAUGUGCUUUCAUGACGAAAGGUUGCUUCAUGUAAAGAAUGAAUAUCAGCUCAUGAUUAACUCACUCGAUAACUAUUUCUAUGAAGGCGGCGAAUCAUCUCUUUUCAAUAUCUACAACCUUGCUGGUGCAAUCGAAUCUUGUCAUGACAUCAUGGCCAUAACUAAGGUUGAAACAGAACAAGUGAAAUGGGAUCCGAACCCAUUUGGAUGGUCACCGCGACCGGAAGCGGCUUUAGUAUUGGGUCGUAGUCGAGCUAUUAUCUACCCUGAUCUCAUACCUGGUGUACAACCUGAUCUUUUUGAUUGUCCUCAUCAGUUUUUCACGCCAGGGGAAGAUCUUCUGUUGGCACAUGCUCUCAUACAAUUUAGGCAUAUUCCACAAUCCACGGGUCAUGAUCCAUUUGGAAGGCUAUAUUGGGUGCAAAAAAUGUUACUACCCUGUAAGACAAUAUCACAAAUACGAGCACACAUCCGACUUGCAAGAAAUCACACUGAAGGACAAGUGAAUAAUAGAAACCCGAUCUACCAAAUUAUUGUGCAAGCACUGAAUGGCGUUUGUCACCUCCGAUUUCCAUUCGAACGUCCCGUUGCCCGCUACGAUACGUUACAGAUGUGGCCUGAUGAGGAAAGGCCAAUUUGGUUCAAUAAAUUUCUCAAACAUUUUACAACCAUCGGACCUACAUUGAUCGUUCCAUGUGUCCAUGGCAGCAAGCAAGCGUCGCCAUCCAACGCAACGUAUGAGAUUACUAACCCGAUUGUCAUCGAAGUUGUGGCAAAACCAGAGAAGAGACCUUCUGUGGCAAUAUCGAGCUCAUCAGUCUUUUAUGAGAUAGACGUCGUUUUUCACCAAAGCGAAGAGUCAGAAGAAACUGGCGUGCAUGCUAGGCCCUACUCGUAUGUAUAUGAGUCCUCGCAGCUUUCAGUCCGGAAUCCCCAAGAAGAGCAUGAAUCUUUCAUUGCGCAAAGUGAUACGAGCAAUUCCUCGCGACACUAUGUGGCGCAGGGCGAUGCCGAAAUCUUUAAUCUUCUCCGUCCAACUAUAAAAGAAGACCCCGAGGAAGUUGAUCUCCCACAGCCAACAGGAAGCCCCAUCGCCGAUUCAAUGGAAAUUGAGAUUCCACAACAGGGGGAGGUUUUUUUGGAUUCCCCUUCUUGCAACCGUGUGCUGAAUCUCAGCCACACUGAAGAGCUUGCAGCUUCUAAUUUGCCAGAUGUUUGCGGAAUAGAGACAGAGUAUAGCAUAGAACCGCAAAAAAAUUCGGAAACGCUGAAGUCACUGAAAUGUCCCGAGAGCCUGCAGUUACCAAAGUCUGAGUUUUCUGUUGAGGAGUUGGAGGAGGGAGAAAUCGUGAGUGCAGAAAAUUCUAGAGAAGCAAGUGACGUCAGGAAGGAAGGACGGGACGCGAAAAAUAUUGGACGCGAACGCUGUUCGAGAUUACAAACAAAAUUUCCCGCAACUUUAAAUGAAAAUGGAUCAAAAGCAAGUACGAGAAAAUCUACAAGGCGCAAUACAAGUAGAAUUCAUGAGAACACGUCAGAAGGAGCCGUGAGUACUCAUGGCAGAAGUUCUACCAAACCUGAUAAGCACGACUCUCGUUCACAACGUAGAAGGAAAUCUUCUGAUUGUGACUGGGUUCCUGAGAAAGUCCAUGCACAGAAGCGGAUGAAGAAAGAGGCCUAUGGUAUUCGAAAAGAGUCUCUUCGAAGGCCGAGCAACAGAACGCAGCACAGAGAAGGCUUCACAUCUUUGAAGGCUAGCAGUAGCAUAGAGAAAGCAAUACAUCGGAAUUCUGCUCGUAAAGUGACCAAAAAGACUAGGCAGCCAUCUCCAACAGCUUGUUCUUCGCUUGAUACCGAACUGGUAGCACAUGAAAGGAAAGCGCAGGUGUUCAAGCUGAUCAAGUCCAAAGUUGAUGCAGUGAUUAGGUUGACAGCCAAUCUAAGUGGAACUUCAUUUACCCCCCUCGAACAUGCUCUGAUGACAACCACACAUGAUUUGGAAUCAUCACUGCCUUCACAAUUUUGCCGUUUACACACUCCUGAUAGGGAAGUUGAGCCAGCUUCGAUAGCUAGAAUCACUCACGAUUGUGACGUGGACGACCGUAGCCUUCAGCCUUUGGAGAUAUCGAGAGGAGAAUCUGUGGGAGCGGAUUAUAGUUGUACCAUUCCUAGAACACCAACUUUUGGAACUCCGUCCAAUCUCUCUCCUCUAACAUCUGACCAUCUAGGCGCUUCGCGAUCUCAAAGUCCUAUCUCGGAUUUCGGGAUUCCCGCAACUCCGAGAGACGAUGCACUCACAAGAAGUCCUACGCUUUUACGAGCUCCGUCGGCGAUCAGUAGAGCACUGUUUGCCAAAGUAGAGAUCAAAAAUUCCGCUGAAGUCAAGAGAAACAGUGCUGCAAGUUCGGGAUUUUCUACUAGCUGGAAAUCGACCUGGGCCUGUGAGAACAACGAUUCAACUUUCUUCGGUGAAUCUGUCGAAAGUAGGCCGUUAUCAGCGUUGGACGAUGCCGCCCACAGUGCUUCAGAAGAUGUUUCUAGGUCAAAAGAAAUGGAUGAUCUUGAUGCUAGUGGAAGGACGAGGAUGAAGAGGCGCACUCGAACUGAGAAGGAGCGAAUGGGAUUAGAGCGCAUGCAGAACUUCCAUCACCGCGCACGACAAAUGCAAAAUCUUGCCAGGAAAAUAGUUGAUGAUGUUCGGCAGCGAACGUUCAUGCAUCAAGAUAUAUGGCGCACUGUAGAGAAAAUUGUAUUGGGCGAUGAUAAUCUGGAAGCGCAGUUUGAUCGUUUGAAAGCAGCUUUGUUGCCAAAGCAUGCGGAUGUAUUGGCGUUGUUGUCUUUACUAACAGAUGACUCGAUUCUACCUCCUGAACUUCUCACGAGUCCUUUGCGCAGAGGCUAUCAUGGAGCUUUGCAGAUGCUUUUAGCCAUUGAGGCUUAUUGCAAUGGCACACGAUCUCGAAGUUCAAAUACUAGAAGUCUGUUGAAGACCAUCGGAACAAUGGGUCAGGCCUUAAGUGAAUCGGAUUUUUGUGAUCGUUUGUCUGAUCUAUUAAGUAAUGAGAGACCGUUAUGGAAUUAUAUCCGACAGUGGCUUCCAUUGCCUUACGAAGAGAGCGUUACACCAGCUGAUUUCGAGUUCAUUGAUCUGCGUAAGAGAACGGAAGCAGAACCGGCACAAGACGACGGCGCUGAAUGUAUCGAUGAUUUAAAUGCAGUGCUUGGGACUUUGCCGCCGAGGAAAGGGGGGCUGUUGCAGGUAGCUGGAGGUCAGCUUAAUUACCUUCAAAAUGGUUCUUAUGUGCCUGUGUUGGUCACAAAAGAAAAUGAGGAGUUAGGAGAAAACAAGGAACCUCAGGAGCCUCUUUGGACGAAAGAAGUGGACAUUAUGAUAUUAAAGACUUACAAUAGUAUCGAUGGCAACAGUGAAGAUGUUGUAAAGGAGUUAGCGCAGAAAAUCUCUUAUUCUCCUGAAAACAUAGCAAAGAGACUUAACUUUCUCUUGUCGCUUUUUCAGUGAUGUGUUCUCGACGUUUGCGACGGGCGUAGGUUAACUCGUUAGAGUGAUUUUUAUCUUCCACUGUUAUGUGCAUUAAACUUCUCAUUUGUCUUCUAGAAAAUGUUGUUUUCACUGUAGCUUUAACUCGGAGAUUUGUAAAAAGCGUAGAAUUGUUAACAUGCAUAGAUGCUGAAAAGAAUUACAUAUUCACAACAGUGGUAUUCAUUCACGUUUUGCUUUAUGCUUGUGCCAAUCAGUUUCAAUGCAAAUGCAGAAAGUUGCAAUUUUAGCAUAUUCAUACUGUGAAAAUCUGUAGAACAUAUUAAUUGUAAGUUCUAGCUUGAGGAAUCUUACGUUAAAUUAAACUGCUUUUUAGCAUAUUCAUUACGAUUGUGACCAACUCCAAUUCACUCUCUCAUUUACUGAUUAUUUGUCUGGAGACUUAAAUUUCAUUGCUUCCUACUCGAUGUGAUAUGCAUAGACUUUGUGAUCGAACUUGCUGUGGAAGAACUUUUAGUCUGCAGUUGCUGCGGUGCUGCAGUUGAAUGGAUGAUGAUCUAAAUUUGAUUUCUAUUUUCACAUCCUCUUCGGGUCUGGAGCGUGAACGGACCAAUUUAGUAUCGUUGUCGAUUCAAUAAACGUGACACUGUCA